AUGGAAGCAGAAACAGUUGACACUCCUAGCGAUGUACCUGCGUUCGAUGCGAUGACAACGAUGUUGACAGCGAUACUCGUCUCACUAGUUGCCUAUUUCGGCCAUGGCCCCCUGCAAGACCUGCUUUUCCAAUCCUCAACAAAGACGAAAUCACUUGGGGCAGAUAGCGACGAUGAGUCUGAUGUCGCAAGCGACAAAUGCAUCGUGAGGAGGCUAGAAGAGGAGGAAAAGAACUGUGUGGUCCUGUUUGGGUCUCAAAGCGGAAACGCACAGGAAUUCGCCGAGAAGCUUGGUCGCGAAGCCCAUACCCGGUUCUCUUUACGCUCGACAGUUGCCGAGAUCGACGAAUACACUUACCACAACUUGCACAAACUUCCUGAGAACACCAUCGUAUUCUUUAUUCUUGCUUCGUAUGGCGACGGAGAGCCAACGGAUAAUGCGGAACAAUUUUACAACUUCUUGAACAACGAGGACGAUGAGGGGCCAUUUGACAGACUUCGAGAACAUGGCCUUCAGAAUCUGUCAUACGCUGCUUUUGGGUUGGGGAACAGUAGCUAUGCUCACUUUAAUGCUGUGGUUCGCAAAGUUGACGAGAAGCUACAGCUCUGCGGUGCCAGACGUCUUGGCCCUGUUGGCGAAGCUGAUGACGGGAAGGGAACGAACGCCGAGGACUUCAUCGAGUGGAAAGAUAACAUGUGGCCCAAGGUCAUAGAGGCUUUCGGCCUGGUCGAGCAAGAGGCUGGAGGCCGAGAGCCUGCUUUCGAAGUGGUUGAGGUACCCAGUCAUCAUGGCCCAAUCUUUCAGGGGGACUACACAGACAAGAACCUCGCACAGCAGGCACAGGCUGUUACAAACCACUGCUUUACACCUAUAACUCAGUCAAGACUGCUCUCGGACGCUGGUGGUCGGUCCUACAUACAUGUUGAACUGGGCCUCAAGGAUACCAAGCUUGACUAUCAGACGGGCGACCAUCUCUCUGUUUCUCCCAUCAACUCAGAUAUUGAGGUCGAGCGCUUCUUGAGAGUGUUUGGGCUAUGGGACAAGAGACACGAGACCAUCCGGGUAAGGUCGCUCUCCGAUGACCUGAGCCCUCCAUUCCCGUCUCCGUGCAGCUACGAGUCCGCGGCUCAAUUUUAUAUCGACAUCUGUGGGCCAGUGUCCCGUGAAGUCGUAUCCACCUUUGCGAACUCCGUUUCGGAUCCUCAGCAGAAGACCAAGCUUCACCAACUUGGCAAGGAUAAAGAGGCAUUCUUGGCCCUUACAGAGGGAAGCUUUUACAACACUGCUUCCAUGAUGGAGGCUCUGUUUCCUGGUGAGACCGUCAAUGUUUCCUUUGCAAUCAUCAUCGAGGCGAUGCCAAAGCUACAGCCGAGAUACUACUCGAUAUCUUCGUCUUCCGCCCUUGAUGCCGACAAAAUCUCCAUCACGGUGGCUAUCGAGUCAUUUCCAAUUCCCAACACGAAUAGAUACUUUUCCGGUGUCGCGACGAACUUUAUGUUGGACGUUGCUUCUGAAGAAAAUGGGGUUAUGUCCAAGAGUCGAGUGCAGCCGAUAACCUACACGCUGCCCACGAAACGACCUCAUCUACAACCCUCUCUCUCAGUGUUCGUCCGGACUUCGACAUUCCGACUACCUUCUGAUCUGGCAAUACCUGUGCUUAUGAUUGGCCCUGGCACCGGCGUUGCCCCGUUCCGUGGAUUCGUGAGAGAACGCGUCGCGAUGCAUCGACAAGGCAAAGACUUCGCACCCAUGAUGCUAUUGUAUGGUUGCCGCAAGAGGACUGAAGACUUCCUCUACCAAGAAGAGUGGAAUGCAUAUACCGCUGAGAUGGGUUCCAAGUUCAGGAUGUACACAGCAUUCUCGCGGGAGCAGAAGAACAAGGUGUACGUUCAAGAUCUUAUCCUCCAGCAAUCGAAAGAAAUUGCUUCUCUGAUCAAGAACGGUGGGCACGUGUAUGUUUGCGGUGACGUGGGCAUGGGUCGAGGAGUGACAGAGACGCUUUGUAAGGUCCUUGCUUCUGAGACCAGCGUGUCUUUGGCUGAUGCACAACGGGUAUUGUCCGACAUGAGGCACUCACAUCGAUAUCAGGUUCGUGUCUCGCGGAUCCUUACAAACGUGUCGAUCUAA